GUACAACGUUGCUUUUGCGUGUAUGGUUGGAGCUUCGUUCGCUUCUUGGCUCAAAAACAUGGCGAAAAUAUGAAAAAUGAUGCACGAACGAACUGCCUUUCCCGGGCAAUCAUCCCCGUCGCUGCUGCUGUCUUACCUCGCUGUCCUCCGCGUGCAUGUCAAUCGAUCCGCGCUCCAGGCGUUAACUUUAUGGAAAAGACCAUCACACUCAGGAAUACCGAAAUUACGUUCAGUAUUUGGGAUUUGGGCGGGCAGCGGGAAUUCCUGAGCAUGCUUCCUCUGGUAUGUAACGAUGCGGUGGCUAUCUUUUUCAUGUUCGACCUUUCCCGGAAGAGCACGCUCAACUCGGUCAAGGAGUGGUACCGACAGGUGAGAUAUAUGAUUAAGAGAGAGCAACCGACGGAUGGGACAGAUGACCAGUUCACCGAGGGGCAUGCCGUAUGGGGCGGGGAGAUUGCACCCCCCUAG